CAUAGAACCGGAUGCGGAAUAAAUAUGGCUUUCAUAAUCUCUGCCACCCAAGUUUAUUUUUAUUGUUCUGGUUUUUUGGGGUUAAGUUGACCUUUCCGUAUCUGCAAGUGUCACCGUUCUAUAGAUCUACAUGAGCGGAAAGAUUGCAGAUUCAAUUUUCUCCAUAAGCAUAAUGUGUUGGGCACAAUAAAAAUAAGAUUGACUGCUUUGGGAUGUUGUUAUACUUAUUUCGCUUCCAUGAGAUCCAUCGCCGCCAGCUGAUCUUAUGCGUCGGAUUGUGGCAAGGAUUACAACAAGUACUAACGAAGCCUACCGCGACCAUUCAUGCUGUUUCCCACACUAACAGCUCAAUUACAAAGUAUCGCGUAAUUGUGUUGGCCAUGCUGGUUUACAAUCCGGAAGUAAUUGUUCCCGCAUUAAAACUUGCGUGGAAUGACUUAAAUAAUACGUCCGAUGUGCAGUUCACCUUGGCUAUCGCACAAAUUCCAGGCUGUCAAACGUUUGAGCCCGAUAUUAGUGGAACUCUGACAAAGUUCUAUUAUGAACAAGCGGUUAAAUAUGAUUAUUUCAUUUUGCUAGGCGCAGGGUGCAGCAACUACAUUGAAAUCCAGGCCGAUUUUGCCAGAGAAUGGAAUGUGCCAUUGAUAACAAGCGCGGGAACUGAUAGCAAACUGCAGAAUAAACGCCGUUUCCCCACGCUGGUUCGGUUGCUACCAUCUCAGAUUGCAGAAUACUCUAAAUGUUUUGCCCGGCUACUGCGACAUUACCGAUGGCGUAGAAUAGCCAUUAUUUGUGACCCCGCAUCCAGCUACGAUCCAUUUUUUCAACAGACGUGUGGUGACUUUGAGAAAGUGCUAAUUGCGUCACUUGGUCAACAAAGACAGCCUGACGUGACCUAUACCAUCAAUGCCAAUCUAUCCAUAGAUUCUCAGCGCGUUAAAGCUCUGGAAGAUGCCCGUUCACGCAGUCGAGUUAUUGUCGUCAUUGCUCAUUUGGACCGUGUCCGAGAGACAUUAAUAACAGCAUGGAAGAUUGGAAUGAACAACAGUGCCUACGUAUACAUUGCAACUUUGAAUUACAACUACGAUACUCCUCUUCGAGGAUCUUUGCACUGGAUGCGCAAUGAUUCCGAUGACGAGAUUGCUCAAACCCAGCUCAAAUCUCUCCUGGUCAUUUCACUUGCUCAUCCGGUCCAAAGUCCCAAAUAUAUCCAGUUUUUACAAAUCAUUAAUCAGACCGCCAGCCAAGAAUACAAUGUUAGCAAUGCAAUAACAGAGGAGACCCAGCUGAUGGCCGUUUGUAUGCACACCGCCGUUCACGCAUUUGCUGAAAUAAUCAAUGAAAACUCUGUCAAUGGCAAUCUAACCGAACUUCCGAACGGAAGUGCCUUCAGUCGCCUGAUGUACAACCGUUCCUUUGACGCGGUAUCCGGUUUGCCCUUUAAGAUGGAUGGCAACGGUGAUCGUGAUGCGGUGUACACCGUAUUAGCUGUUACAACAAAUGGCACUGAACUGGAGGAAUAUUUAUAUUACGACUCGUAUGAUGGAUCUCGUGCUCUCUAUUACGCAGAAGGAAAUAUAACUUGGUACCGCGAAUAUAGUCUUCCUCCAGAUUUUCCAGAAUGCCAGUAUUCAGCUACCCAGGAAGGAUGUGAAAAUAAACAGGAUCUUAGACGUCUGUUGCCCAUUUACAUCGUUACGCCGAUCGUGAUUCUGCUGUUUCUUCUUGGAUGGAUUUUCCUGCAUAUCCGCAAUCGAAGGAACAAAGAAGCAGAUGCUUGGCUAAUACAAGCUACCGACGUGGAGAAUUUAGCAAGAUCUCAUUUUGCCAAGACAUUAUCCGUGUCCAGGUCGAGAUUAUUCAAAGCCGCCGAGCAGCACAGUAUUUCCAUUGUUUCACAAGGGAAAGGUCAUCUUGUGCGGUGGAAGGCGAAGUUUGCAUGGUCCAAGCUGUACCACACUACAGUGGAUAAGUUUCAAUUUUCGAAGAAUGAGCAGCAGCUUGUGCUCGCGAGAAUGAGAAUGGAACACCUCAACAUCGCAUGGUUUUAUGGAAUCGUCGUUAAUGGCACAGAAUUGAAUAUUAUAUCGGAAUUUGCUCGUAAAGGAUCUUUAGAUGAUAUCUUGGAAGCUGCCACUCUUAAUCAAACACCCGAACUGACGUAUUCGUUCCUCAAAGGAAUAGUUGAGGGAAUGUGUUUUAUCCAAGCCUCUUCCGUUGCAUAUCAUGGCAGGCUCAAACCCAGCAACUGCUUGGUCGACCAACGUUUGUCCAUUCGUUUGACAGAUUUUGGGUUGAAACCAAUUUUGGAUCGCACAAUAAAAGAAAAUGUGAGUGACGCCAGCAACGAUACGGUUGUCAACACGUACGACAGAUCUGCACUGUACUUGGCCCCGGAAGUCCUACGAAGUGGCGCGUUACCGGAAACAGCCGCUAAAUAUUACAAAGUGGAUAUUUAUGCCUUUGGGAUAAUACUGCAUCAAAUUCUUUUUCGUUGUGGACCGUUUUGGAUUGGAAAUGAUAAAUGGAUGAUAGAGUUAGAUGAAGCUGUCGACAUGGUAAAGCAGGCAAACAUUUCUCCUUAUCGUCCAUUAAUUCCACCAAACCAUAAAGUUGACCUCGGCUUUAUAUCGCUGAUGAAGGAGUGUUGGGCCGAAAAUCCCGACACUCGGUUGGGUUUCUAUCAAGUGCGGCAGAGGCUGGCUUUUGUUCCCGGUGUCGAUUCUAAUGCCUCACUAGUCGACUCCAUAAUGGAGCGCCUGGAACUGUUUGCGAAGAAGUUGGAAGCGGAUGUCGCAACUCGAACAGCGGAAUACGAACAAGAAAAGGAGCGGACUGAUGCGAUCCUCUGUCAAAUUUAUCCCAGAUCCAUAGUGAGCAAACUCCAGCGUGGUGUCAACGUACCGCCGGAAGAGUUUGAAGAGGUCACGGUGUGCUUCACCUCAAUUUCCGAUUUUGCCAUCAUUAUUGGUCACGAUUCGCCGCUUUCGGUUGUGGCUUAUUUGAACGAUGCCUUCACUAUGCUGGAUAAAAUUAUCGAGCAGUAUGCGGUUUACAAAGUGGAAACUGUUGGUGAUUCAUAUUUGGUUGUGAGCGGUUUACCUGAACGCAACGACAACGCCCAUGUGAGCGAAAUCGGGAAAAUGUCUGUUGUCAUGAUAGACGAAUCAAAAGAAUUGACCUUUCGAGGAAACCGAUUCGGACAGUUGCAGCUGCGCAUAGGAAUUGCCACAGGGCCAUGUGCCGCUGCAAUCGUUGGUCAUACAAAUCCAAGAUUUUGUCUAUUUGGUGAUACCGUAAACACUGCUUCCAGGAUGAAUUCUUUUGGCGAAGCUCUGCGUAUACACAUUUCGGAAGCGACAGCACGGUGCAUUACGAAAAACUUGCCUAGUCACGACUUCCAGUUGACACACCGGGGUCAAGUUCCGAUCAAGGUGUUUAUGGUUUAUUCGAAGGAAAAGGGAACAUGGAUACAUACUGGCUAAGUCUUUCCGAAUUGCAACCGGCACGAUAAUAUUACCUACC